AUGGAGGUUGCGGGGGUAGUUCUCGGGGCAGUCGCGCUAGUUGGGCCAGUACAUGAUCUAUACGACAAAUGCGCCAUCCUUUUCGCCAACAUCCGUAACUACAUGAAUGAUUUGAGGAGAUGCGGAGAGAAACUCUCUAUCCAAAAGUUUGCUUUCUUGCAAUCGCUCCAGCUUCUUCUCAGAAAUCUUGUACAGGAUGACUUGGCAGAGAGCAUGGCGAAAGACAAGACUCAUCAAAAAUGGAAGGAUCUAAAAUUCAAAGCUGACUGGGAUAAAGCAAUGGGCAAGUGUUUUGAUGACCUUUUGGGGGGUAUACAUGAAACUCUGCGCGAAAUUGAGGGAAAGCUCUCGAGAUUACACGCAAGCGGGGGCGCAAAUCAAAAUAACACAUCGGUCUCCCGGUCAUCAAAUAUUGUAAGCCGGGCAAGAGUCACAGCUUGGACUCUAAGAACUGGCUGGGUCGUGUCCGGAAAGAAGGAAAUUGAAAUCCUGAUCAAUACACUCCGUGUUCAAAAUCAAGAUUUGGGAAAUCUUCAGAGGCAACAGAACUCUUUGCAAAAGACUGGGGCCCGCCCCCGGGCCUUUAGUUCGAAACCUCUCGAUUCAAAAGCAAUUUUGGCACAGCUUCUCGCUAUUUCCGAGGUUGCGAAAAAUGUUUACGACGGGUUGGCGGUGACCGCACGGUGUUCUUGUCACCGUGUGAAUUUACAGCUCCGAGGACAGCCCGAAAGUCUAGAUAUCCCAAUGAGAAACACAAGCCUAGACCUCACCUAUAAUGCUUCAAACCUCACCAAAAGUGCUUCGGAAAUCAACUUUUACCUUAUCCUAACGAAGGAGAUCGGAAAUCAGAAUACCAACCUUAACUCUGAUGAACGUUGUGAGUGUACAUGCAUUACUAUAAGUUCUGAGGUGCAGCAAUCUCUCCCGGGGAAUCCAAAUCAACUAUCUUAUGGGGUACCGGAUCCUAAGAGGAUAAUUAGGCUUGGCGGUAUUGAAACUUCUUCUGCACGCACCAUUAUAACGGUAACCGAUGACAGUCAGCCUUUAAAGGAACGAGCUAUGUCGAUAGACCUUGGGACUGGAAAGAAAAUAUUGAAACUUGAGCUUUCCGAAACUAAUCAUAAAGCUCACCCCGCGACGAUAUGCACUGCCACGGUAGACAUUCAGACCAACAAUAUAACUCACGAUAUCGAUGAAAAUGGCACUACACUUUCUAUGACCUCCCAGGAUAUUAUAGAAAUCGAUAGUCUUUGUUUACGACUAGCUAAACUCCGGCCAGAAGUACGGGGGCGGGAGCUCAUUGGGAAAAUAUCAAUAAACGAACGCGAUAAUUUAACCCGCCACUGCCUAAUGUAUCGGGAGCCUCUAGUCUCAGGCUUUACUUCUCGAACUUCACUAGAGGCAAUUCUGGCACGGCCCGAUAAAGAAUGUCUAUUACCCCCUAUAGAACGUCUUAAAAUAGCCCACAGGCUAUCACUCUCACUACUCUACUUCGGGCCGAACUCUCCGUCGUGGUUUCAAGAACGAUGGCGGAGCCGGGAUAUCUUUUUCUUCCUGAAGCUCCAGCUUCCAAACAAUAGAUACACUUUGGAUCCAUAUGUAGUACCAUGUUUUUCAGCGGCAGUAAAGCCCCCUUCGAUCAAUGCCAAAGCCCCGACUACACCAUUAAAAGGUAUCGCAUUGAAUGAACAACUCUUUUCCCUCGCAAUAGUGCUCAUCGAAAUUGCUUUUGGGGAAAAGUUACUUAACAUCUACGAACCCAAAGAGAUCCCUAAGAAAGACGACGAUGAUUUUACGGAGAUCCUUAAGGCUCGGACGGUGUUUGGAUUGUCGAUUCGACGGGACCCUUGA